AUGUGGGCAUCGGCAUUAUCUAUAAAUUGCAUCCAUGUGUUUUUCAUGAACAGCAGCCAUAAUGAUUCCACAUAUGAUCCGGCACAUGAUGUUAGCUCUAUCGUUUGGUCAAAUCAUAGCGCCUCAUCUUUAUCAAACUUGAAAAUUCAAAUAAACGACUAUGACACUUAUCAAGCAUCUCCAACUAAACUUGACCAACUAUAUACCCAAGUCUCCCAAGUGCCAAUCAUUCGAAUCUAUGGGUCGAUUCCUAUACUGAAUGAUGACGUAAAUAUGAAACUGAGUGUGCAAAACUCCCCCUUGAAGAAAACGUCAAAAAAUGGCAAAGAUUUAGCGUCUGAUUUUAUUACCAAUUCAGCCACCAAUGCAACUCCAACUACUAUUACAAAUAAUAUUACAAAUAAUAUUACAAAUGCUACCGCUAAAAUUGCCACUCGUGGCUCAUCCUCUGUGUUUAACGUUAUAGUCCAUAUUCACAACUUUUAUCCCUACUUUUACGUUGACUGUCAUGAGACCGAUUAUGAGAAACUACAAAGUCCAACAUACAUCACUCAAGUAAUCAAUUACUUGGAAACAAUGAUGCAACUUUCCUUUAAAUCACGUAAAGGUCGAAAAGGUACUGAAGAGCAGGAAUUGGAUGACGACUCAAUUAUACCGGAGGAAGAUAACGACGAAGGUAGAGCAAUUCCAAGGGCCCCAAGGAUGCGAAAAUAUGUGGCAAAGGUUUCAAUCUGUAAAGCCGUGCCAAUAUACGGUUUUCAAUUAGGUUACAAACUAUUUUACAAGAUAUCAUUACUCUCACCAUUAUACAAGACCAGGCUCGCCAAGUUGUUUCAAGAAAACAAAAUAUCCCUAGUUGAUUUUGACAAACCGCCACAACCAUCUUCACAUGCAUCUGGCGCAGCUCAAGGCGAUAAAAAGACUAAAAAACGGUACUCGUACACGUAUGAAGUCCAUAUUCCUUUUCUUUUGCAAUUUCUAACUGACUUCAACUUAUUUGGUUGUGGGUGGCUAUUCGUAGAUAGAGACACUGUAAAUGACGGACUGCAGACUCGUGGAUUGUACUUUAGAUCGCCCUUGUUCACCGAAACUCAUAAAAAUGUUUAUACCACAUCACAAUUACGCUGUCUCACGAAAUAUUUGCAGCGCUAUAUUCUUCCAGAUAAUGUUUUGGUGGAUAGCACCUACCAAAACUUUGCCAGAAUCGGGAAAUCUAUGUUAGAAAUUGACAUCACCACCAGCAGUAUAGUUAACCGAAGGUGGCUUUCUGCAAGAGAGUUACAUGAUGACUUUACUGAGCGCGAAGCAUUUAACGACUACCAAGCCGAUAUAAAGCUCUUUGGACGUCCCAAACACGGAUAUAAACAUGAGUUAGAUGGAAGUCCCAAAAUAUAUCUCUCCUCUUUAAAACACAUCUACAAUGAUUUGAAAUAUCAAUGUCGCUUGAAAAACUCCAGUUUUGAUGUCUCUGUUGACGUAUUGGAAUCAUCAACCAGAUGCUAUUUUGGCACUGGAUCCACCACGUGGUCCAACCAAAAACAGCUCGACGAACUUUUGAACUAUAUGAUUUACAUCAAUGGAAAGCUGGCAUUCAACUUUGAGAAGUAUUCGAAAAAAGUUAUCAAGAAUCGAAACUCGCAAAAGUUUUACAAAGAUGACAUAAUGAAUAAGUUUCCAACCUCAUUUGCGUUAGUAGACUUGGAGAAAAUUACCGAAACGCACUCCAUGAAGAUGAAGUUUGGUGAUGAUAUUGUCAUUUGGGGCGAAUUCAACGAUUUGUUUAAGCUUGCCCAUCUGGCAAGUUUUGUAAUGUCUGAGGAAGAUGGUAAGUUUUUGUCCAUCGAAAAUAACGAAAGCAAGCAAACUGUGGAAAAUAAAGUUGCUGAUACAGUUAAUGGCUGGAAUAAUGAUAAAGAAUCUGAUGUAGAUCUUGCUGAAGAAGUAGACUUUGAUCUUGAUGAGGAGAUUGACGAAUCUGGUAGUGAAAACAACUUUGAUUACGGUGAAACUUCCCCAAAUCAUGGUAAGCGAGGUAAAGCUAUAUCUGCGUUUGAUGAACUCGGCAAUAUCGAAGUGCAACAAAGCUUUAGCGAUAAUGAAAUGAAACAUUCCCCCAUUAAUGCGUGCAACAGUUCAAAAGAGAGUGGUGACAAAUUGCUAGAGGAUGAAAUUGAUGAAAAAUACGAUUCUGCUAAAGAGUUUGAUAUUGCUAUGAAAAGGUCUAUGACACAGGCAAAAACUCAAAAAUACACUGCUGAACAACUGCCAGUGAUUUCACUAUCUUUGGAAAGCUUUACGUUUACUCCAACUCCAACUCCAACUUCAACUCCAACCUCGACUACAACCCAAAUUGGAACUCAAGUUCAAACUCAACAACAACAACAGCAACAGCAACAACAACAACAACAACAGCAACAGCAACAACAACAACAACAACAGCAACAACAACAACAACAAGGUCCACAUCCAAAACUUGGAUUGAAAAAUUUGCUUAUCAACAAGAACCUGUACGAAGUUGUUAUCCCUGAAAAUCUUUGCAAACGAACUUUUAAAGAUGAAUUUGAAAAUACCGGGACACUUGAAAUCAACUACAAUGACCCAUUUUAUAGCGAAAAAGAGGACGUUCCUGCUAAACCAUUUAUUUUUGCUAAUCAAAAAAUGGUUGUUCCUGUAAAGAACAAACACACAAUACCUUCUUUGGAUAUAAUUCAAAACAAGGAGGUGAAACCUAAUCUGAACCAAACCCCAAGAUAUACAAAUUUUCUAUUCAACCGAUGGCAAUAUUUACCAGAACCACCAACGAAAAAAAGUGUUGCUAAUUGGGUCAAAGAAGAAGAGCAAAAAAAUAUCAACAAACGACAAAGGUACCGAUCACAAAUAGACUCUGGAAAGACUCAAUUGUAUGACUUUAAAUUUAGCUACAAUUCAGAAAAAGUUACUAGAAAGCCAGAUGAAUUUAAUUACUUGACUAGCUUUCACUUGGAAAUACAUGCUAGUCCUCCAAACUCCAAACUUGUUGCUGAUCCACUUCGUGACCCAAUAUUGAUGAUUUUUUACUCCUUUGAUGAUGAGAAUUGUAUGUUUGAACAAUGCAAUUACAAGUCAGGAGUUUUGAUCUUUAACAACUUGGGUUUGAAUCCUCAUCUUUUUGAUCGUUUGGGCAACUCGUUGGGUCAACGGUUUGAAAUAUAUGACGAUGAGCAAGAAAUGAUAAUGCGGCUUGUUGAAUUGGUCAACAUUUUUGAUCCUGAUAUCUUGUCCGGUUACGAAGUGAACUCCAUGUCUUGGGGAUACAUCAUCGAAAGGUGUAGACUGGUCUUUGAAACAACCAUAAUGAGUGAUCUUAGUCGUGGUACUCAAAGGAGCAAUGGGAAGUUUGGCGAUCGGUGGGGGUAUACUCAUACAGCAAACAUAGAGAUAAAUGGUCGACAUAUUCUAAAUGUGUGGAGAAUAUUGAAGUCAGAUUUGAGUUUAACAAGUUAUACUUUAGAGAAUGUGUGUUAUCACUUGCUUCACGUCUCAGUCCCCCGGUACCUGGCCCAUCAAUUGUCACAGUGGUGGCAAAGUGGUAAUUUCCAAAACUUGUACGUUGUAGCUUCUUACUACAUGAGAAGAAUUGAGCUUACAAUGAAGAUUAUAUUUGUUCAGGAGUUGAUCACUCGAAAUGUUGAACACUCAAGGUUGAUUGGAAUCGAGUUUAAUUCCAAUUUUUACCGUGGCUCUCAGUAUAAAGUUGAGUCGAUUUUGGCUCGAAUCACCAAACCAGAGAGUUUGCUUCUCAACUCUCCGUCGAAAUACCAAGUCCAUGAAAUGAGACCAAUUGAAUGUAUACCUCUCGUUAUGGAACCAAAAUCAAGUUUUUACAAAUCACCUUUGAUUGUGUUGGACUUUCAAUCUUUGUACCCAACUAUCAUGAUUGCCUACAACUAUUGUUUUUCAACAUUGAUUGGUAAGCUACACAACUUCAAGCCCAAAAAAAACAAUGUUGGCUAUUUGAAGAAUUUGGACUUGCCGCCUGGUAUGAUUGACUUGCUCAAGAAUGAUGAUGCUAUUAAUGUAUCACCUAAUGGCUUUGCAUUUGUAAAAAGUCAUGUGCGAAAAUCAGUUUUGGCAAAAAUGUUGGAAGAGAUCCUAAACAUACGUAUCAAGACAAAAUCCGUUAUGAAAAUGUUUGGCGACGAUACAGAAUUGAAAAAGUUGUACAAUUCCAGACAAACGGCAUUGAAAUUAAUUGCUAAUGUUACUUAUGGCUAUGCGUCAGCUACGUUCAGUGGGAGGAUGCCGAAUCCCGAUAUCGCUGAUGCGAUUGUCUCGAGUGGCAGAGAAAUUCUCGGUAAAUCUAUUGAACUAAUAGAAAACGGCGGGUACGGGGCAAAAGUUGUUUAUGGAGAUACCGACUCGCUUUUUGUUUAUUUUCCAGGCAAGUCCAAGGCAGAAGCAUUUAAACUGGGUAGGGAAAUUGCAAAGCUAGUUACAGAUUAUUUCCCAGAUCCAAUUAAACUUCAGUUUGAAAAAGUCUAUCAUCCAUGUGUGUUAUUGGCAAAGAAGAGAUAUGUAGGUUAUUCAUACGAAACUGAGAACCAAGUGAAUCCCAAAUUUGAUGCCAAGGGAAUCGAAACGGUACGAAGGGAUGGAAUUCCUGCUCAACAAAAAAUCACCGAGCGGGCUUUGAGAAUUCUAUUUGAGACUCAAAAUUUGUCUAAAGUUAAGGAGUUUACAGUAAAACAAUUUUACAAAAUCAUGGCUAAUAAAAUCUCCAUUAAUGACUUUUGUUUUGCAAAGGAGGUGAAGUACGGUAAUUACAAAGAUGAAAGGUAUUUACCUCCUGGUGCAGUUCUCGCAAGCAAAGCCGUCGAAGAUGAUCCUCGAAGUGAGCCACAAUACAAGGAAAGAAUUCCUUACUUGGUUAUACGCGACCCUUUAAAGGAAAGGAUCAAGGAUCGCGUAAUUUUUCCCGAGGACUUUAUCAAGUCAUUUUCCACGUCAAAUCCUCUCAUGCUUGAUUACGAAUACUAUAUUACUAGGGUGCUAAUCCCACCCUUGGAGAGAAUUUUUAAUCUCAUGGGAGCUGACGUUCGAGGAUGGUACAGAGAAAUGCCAAAGACCCUUGGCCUUACGGAUAAUAUUACAAAUCCAUUUAAUGACACUUGUUUGACUUGUGGUGGUCGGUUGGAUGGACAAAUGUAUGUUUGUUCAAAAUGCAGAUACUCUCCACAGCAACUAGCAAAUAAUAUUGUAAUGACUUGCAAAUCAGCUCAACAAAAGAUUACAAUGAAUGAAAACACCUGCAGAAACUGUGUGCAUGGUGUUUUUUUACCUGGAGGUAUUAUGUCGCAGUAUUUAGAUAACUGCAGCAAUCGUGAUUGCAGUAUUUAUUUUCAAAAAGUGAAACAUGAACAAGAAACAAAAUUACUAUUGAAUAAAAAAGACAAGAUUAUGGGUGAAAUAGACUGGUGA